CUGUCACCACUGUCAAUAACCACCAGCACCCCGCAUCAAUCGUUCAAAUGCCCUCAACGAUGCAACACCAGAUAACCAGCCCGUCAGCGCACCACAUUUCAAUGGGAUGAAGACGACCUGGCACGCCAGCGGACAUGCCACAUUGUCCAGACGGUGACGACGCAAAUCAUUGUCACUGUUCCCUUGAAAUAAGUGCCACGUCGCCGUCUCAACUUGCAACAGACAAAUGCCGACAAACGAGGAUGACCAACGAUGGUGAAUGUCCAGGCCAUAUUGCCAUCGGCAAUGAUCUACAACAAUGAACGACAUUGAGGUGAGCAAGACGACACCCCUCCUCUCUUUUUUUCACAUAAGAAACAGGGGCCACGUCGUCGACGGCAAUGUGACAACUAGCAACAAACCAACAACAAUGCACGACGAACACCAAACAACGUCGCGUCACACCCCUCCUUUUUACCUUGUUCGUGCAUCUGUUCUAGAUCAGCCCGCUUGACACCACCACAAACAGUGUCAACCUAUAUGAGUAGUAGAUAAAGUAGCUGUAUAUAACUCUUGUGUAGCCCGUUGUCAAAAUGCAAUCUAUUCUUUUGUUUAUGUUCUCAAA